GGCUUUCACGCCAAGAACUAGCCUGGGUGAUUAGAAGAUUGCACUGCACCUUCAUCUUCAGACACGCACAGAGACAUGAAUGGCACACGCAAGCAGAUCACCUAUGUCCUCUUAGCUCACAGAAAAAGCUCCGGUAAAAAUGAAGCAUGACAGAGAACACAAUGGCCUGGUGCUUGGCCCACCAUUGGCUUUUCAGCAUCAUCAUAGCCAGAUGUCAGUAUAAUGCAGAGAUAUCCCGGCAAACCCUCCCUCUAGUGCAGGAAGUGAGUGAAUCAAGUGGCACAUGCCUGCGGCUUAUAAAGACACAUGGCGACCAUAGCUUCCUGCGUCCAACUGUCUCCCUACACCCAGGGAGAGAGUCCGCUCCACAGUCAAGAACCGACACCCGUCGCUCCAGUCAUUCUUACACAGCAAGGUAGUCAUGGAAGACUCCACCGAAGCAUACAGCCCGCUGUUGCUCUACGGCGAAGAAGGCCCGGUCAUCGGAUGGAUGUUAAUCGUGGACGGCCCCCAGGCCACCAUGCAAUCCUGGCGGCAGUUGGAAGGGAAACUCGCCCAGGCCAUGCAGGGGCAUCGGGUGGCCUACCCUAGGACCGCGGCCCUCUUCGGGGUCAUCCAGCGAGAACGGCUCGUGAGGUUUUAUCGUGAGAAUCCUGACGAACCGAAUGCGCUGAGGACUGCCUACCAUCCUACCCUCUCCACGGGCCCACGGAACUUGUACAUUGACAUCGAUGUGUCGCUCAUUGAGUUGUGGUUCAGGGAGGCACGGAGUUCGCUUCGAGUUGGUUCUAGCGAUACCAGUUCAUCUCCAGCUCCCACCCCGCGCUCAUCACUUCCAAUCACCGUCCAAGAGAUCCGCGUGAUCUCUUCAAUCGUCCACAUUGUAGCACCGCCAGCGCGCCUCCAGCGCAAGCAAGCUGCCAGCGUGACCGCGUCCACGAUGGCGAGGGUCCCACCGCUGAUCAAAGCCGGCACGGUGGAUGCCGGGCCCGAUUCGGAACUCGGGAUGCGAGCCCCCCUGCGCCGGAAGCGCCGGGAUCCCGGAGCGCAGAGUGCGGUCGGCAGAGCUGCGCGGUAG